UGAAGGAGAGAAAAUCCCGCGCGGCGGAGGCGGAGGCGGCCCCUCCCCUCACGGUUGCCCGAACGCCGCCAUCAUGCACUCCCUGAAUCACUUAAAAGAUAACUACAGAUCAAGAUACUGCAACAAACAAGGUCAAAAUAAAGUUCCUGAUGCACAGCAAGGAGAAAAUGUAUUGAAAUAUAUACAAGACUGCUUUAAAUCUUGUGCAGAGGAAAAUACAGUAUGCUCCCCAGCCAUAUCAUGUUGCUCAUCCCCUUGCUUAGACUUCAGUCAAACUCCAUCUCAUAUGAGAAAGGAAGAACAGAUAGAGCCAGAACCAAAUAAGAUUAACUAUGUGCAGAAUGUAUUUAAUACAAACAUCUCCUUACCAUCAUCAGAAGAAAAUGACAGGAUUUCAGAUGUGGCAACAUUAAAAGGUGCUGAAACACCAAGCAGUGAGCAUGUGGAUUCUACAGAUGAGGAUGUCCCGGUGAUGUUCGGAUUACCUGCUUUCCUGAAUGAGGACCAAGAGAAAUCUGAUCGGGAAAUGAGCCCAGGGUGGCAUGAAAAGGCACCUGAUAAAGAUUUACAGAGCAGAACAGACGCUAGAGAAUCUGAGGAGCAUCAUGCAAGGAAAGAAACAAAGGGACUUUCAGCACGUUUUGCUAUCUCUUCCUGUCAAAAGAAAAUACCAGAAUCUGUAGCAUCAUUAGAUGCCAUGACAAGAUCUAAAGAACGAAAUACAGCCAGUAUAGAGCCAGAAGACGAGUGUGAGUUUGUGAUAGAGGAAUCAUUUGGAUUCAGUUCUACACCUUGGAAUUCAACACCCCAAAGGAACAAAAAGCAACAGAAAGUCAACUUAAUAGCUGCAUCAUCUGAAGGGGGGAGAAAAGCUAAGCAGCAGAGUGUAAGAAGACAAAAUAAAAGGACAUCAGAGAAACUUGUUACACCAGCGCCAAUAAAGCAAAGCAAACAGAAGUUAAUUAACGCUGCUGAAACAACUGUUAACGGAAUGCAGAAUGUUUCAGGGACUAAUGAAAGAAUCACUGUGGAAGGCGGCCGCUCGCAGCUAACUGUAAAUACCAUCCAGAAGUCAUCCCAGCCUCAGCGAUCUAUGAAGCAGAGCUGCUCAAAAGUUAAGCCUUUGGUGGUAUCACAUGAUGAAGGUUGCCAGGAUUCUGUAAGUCCUGUAGAGGUACACUCGGCACGGAUUCCUUCUUCAGGCCACAGUGUUUUGGAAGCGCCAUCGUCUGCGACAAGUACAGGUGAGCAAUUACCUUGCAGUAAAAAACCCGUGAGACAAAUACAUUCAAAAAGGAAAUCAUCGAUAGAAAUUCACGAAGUUUACAGGCAAGAAUGCACACCUGCAGCUGUGUCCCCACAGCGUCAUCAAAAGUCCAUAGACGCCGAGGAACCGGCUCCUGUUCAGAGGAAAAAAUCAUCAAAGCGCAAGCAGUCCAUUACACCUGCAGCCCAAAGGUCGUCACGCAGCAGAUCGGCUAAGAGGCGAAAGCCUGAAAAAACGCCGCCUCGAAAAGAUUUGGAAACCGCAAUGAGUAUUGUUAAAAGACCUAGAAGGAAAAACAAGGUGCUGGUUUCGAGCUCCGAAAGCGUGCAUGGAGGAGGAGAACAGUGUGGUGAAGAGGGUGAAGCCACUGGAGGUAGUAAGAGGGUGCCGGUUUCAGAGCAGAUCUCAGGAAACGAGAGUGGUGAAGUGGGUGGAAGCCCCUGUGAUGAACCAGUAAGCAAACCGAGGAAGACGUUGCCUCGGGAAGUAAGACUGACUCCCUUAGCAAGUGCUGGAGAAAGUGGAAUUUCCUUCUACCAAGAGGAUUGUUCUGAACAGCAUGUGGCAGAAAAAAUAUUAAAUACUUCUAUGGAACGAAAAGAAAGCAAUACGCGUUCCUUGCAUGGCCCUGUUUCUAAAAAUAAAACUUCUUCAAAACAUCAGAUUGCUGUUAACAGGGAGGAUUCAACAUCAGAUGAAUCUGAAGACUUGGAAGAGGAGCAAUGUGUAACUUACUCAAGUGCACUGAAGCGCAAAAUGAUACUGCCUUCCAACACGCCCAGUGUUCGCCGGACCAAAAGAAUGCGUAUUAAACCAUUGGAGUACUGGCGAGGAGAACGGGUGAAAUACAAGAUGACACCUUCAGGUGGCUUUGUAGUCGAUGGGGUAAUAUCGCCUGAACAGAGAGAACCCAAGAAACUAAAACCUAAAAGGACAAUACCUGCUCUGGAGUUUGACGCACCCGAUGACUCAGCUGUUACCUUAAAAAGUCUUUCUCAGCCAGCUGUUGUGUUUGAUAAAGAUACCAAUAAAGAGGUUCUUCUAGACUGUGUGAGCAGCAGUAAUUCGCAUUUGCUUUUCAUCAGUGAUGACACGGUGUCCAUAUAUAAACAUCUGAAUACCCCUUUCUUUUCUGCCGGCAAACUGAUACUAAAGCCAUUAAAAGAAAAGGGAUUUCAGUAUUCCCACACAGAUACACUGGUUUAUCACAUUUCCUGUGGAAAGCUCCUUUUGACGCUGUACGACCAGUGCUACCGUCUGACUGCCGGAGACUAUUUCUUUAUCCCGCCGGGGAACGUGUACAACAUACGUAAUCUCUUGAAUAAAGAAUGUGUUGUCUUCUUCACUCAAAUGAAAGGAAGCAGGUCCGAAAAUUCAUGAAACCUACCCUUGUAUCAACAUUUCUUGGAGCAACUUAAAGAUCGUCUCAUGUGGGAAGG